AGAAGAAUAUUUGCAAAGGUUAUAAAUCAGUUCAAAAUGGCAAGCACAGGAGGUAAUGUACUACCUAAAUUUCGUAACACUUUUAAAAUAGCAACAAAAGAUCUGAUACAAUGGUUCCCUGGACAUAUGGGCAAAGGUGUGAAACAAAUGCAACGGCAACUGAAAAAUGUAGAUUGUAUCAUUGAAGUGCACGAUGCAAGAGUUCCAAUUUCUGGCCAUUAUGCAGAUUUUAGCAAUUCUUUAACUGGAUUAAAGCCACAUAUUUUUAUAUUAAGCAAAAUGGAUUUAGCUGAUAUGAACCUGAGAGAUUCUAUUAUAGAGAAUUUAAAACAAAAGGAUUUAUCUAAUGUGUUAUUCACUAAUUUGAAAGAUACAACUUGCAAAGGGCUUAAGAAAUUAUUACCUUUAGCACAAAAAUUAAUUAAAGAAUCAGACCGUUUUAAUAGAGCACAGGAAUCUACAUAUCAAAUGAUGAUUAUUGGUGUUCCAAAUGUAGGAAAAUCUUCGCUUAUUAAUCGUUUAAGGAAUAUUAAUCUUCGUAAAAGUAAUGCAGCACAUGUUGGUGGUGUUGCUGGUAUUACAAAAUCUGUAUCCACAAAAAUACUAAUAUCACAAAAUCCAAAUAUCUAUGUCUUGGAUACACCUGGAAUUUUAGCUCCUAGAAUAUAUGAUGUAGAUACUGGUUUAAAAUUAGCAUUAGUUGGCUGUAUGCAAGAUCAUUUAGUAGGACCAGAAGUACUUGCAGAUUAUUUAUUGUUUUGGUUAAAUAAAUGUAAAAAAUUUGAAUAUGUAGAAAAAUUAAAUUUACCAGAACCGAAUGAUAACAUAUUACAUGUUCUUACAUAUAUUGCUGCGAAAUUAAAAAAAACUGUAAGACUAAAAAACUAUGAUGGACAGAUUAUUCAAAAACCAGACACAAGAUUUGCAGCAGAACAUUUUAUCUCCAUGUUCAGGAAGGGAGAGUUAGGUUACUAUUGCUUAGAUGAAGAUAUAUUAAAAUGAACAAUAAAUUAAGUACCAAAAA